CACCGCCUAUGACUCGCAUGAAACACACGUAAAUAAGUUAAACUAGUGAGUGCAUUUAGGUACUUUUGAACCUCCCAGUCUUCCGUUUCAACUUCUUCGUCCUCGUUGAAUCGCGGAAACGCUUCAGCCCGGACAAACUCUGUAUAUAGUUUUCGUGUAUUAGGGUUUUAAUUUGUUCUUAAUUUACGGAGUAAGAAUGGCGAAGGGAAGGGGAAAUCGGCAUCAAGGGAAGAGAUCUUCUACGGUAGUUCUGGUGCUGUCAAUGCUGUUGAUGCUGACUAUAGUGCUUUUGUUGCUUCUCGGCCUCGGAAUCCUCUCUCUCCCCAUUGGCUUCAAUGAGGACUCCUUGCCGAUCGGAGAUCGCAUCAAAUUGAAGCGCUUGACAAUAGACAUUAAAGACGAGGGAGAAGGAUUGGGGGAAAGAAGGGAGCAGUGGACGGAGGUCCUUUCGUGGGAGCCUAGGGCUUUCCUCUAUCACAAUUUUUUGUCAAAGGAAGAAUGUGAGUAUCUGAUAAAUCUUGCCAGACCUCACAUGGUGAAGUCAACAGUUGUUGAUAGCAAGACUGGCAAGAGCAAAGAUAGCAGGGUUCGUACAAGUUCGGGAAUGUUCUUGAGAAGAGGGAGGGAUAAGGUCAUCAGAGAUAUUGAGAAAAGAAUAGCAGACUACACUUUCAUACCUGCAGAACAUGGAGAAGGUCUACAAGUUCUACAUUAUGAAGUUGGACAAAAAUACGAGCCUCAUUAUGAUUAUUUUCUUGAUGAAUUCAACACUAAAAAUGGGGGUCAACGCAUAGCUACUAUUCUUAUGUAUUUGUCAGAUGUUGAAGAAGGUGGUGAGACAAUUUUUCCUUCUGCCAAGGGAAAUUUUAGCUCUGCGCCUAACUUGUCAGAGUGUGGUAAAAGAGGCCUAGCUGUGAAACCAAAAAUGGGUGAUGCACUACUUUUUUGGAGUAUGCGCCCUGAUGCCUCUCUGGAUCCAUCGAGCUUGCAUGGUGGUUGCCCUGUUAUCAAAGGGAAUAAGUGGUCAUCUACGAAGUGGAUGCAUGUUGGUGAAUACAAAGUCUAGACUUACCUCUAAGGCUUCACCAAUAUAGCCAUGGAACUGAUUCGGACCAAAAAACUUGCAGGAGAUUAGAUAUGGAGGAUCCUUCUGUGAUCAACUGUGCAACAGCUACAGCGUCUCUGCCUUUUAUAAAUUUUAAGAAUGACGUACGAUAUUUUGUGACUGGUACUUACGCGGGAAUUUCAUUUCAUCAGAACAAUCACUUAACUGCUGGUAUAGAAGGAAGAGAGAAUAUGCAGUUUCCAUAACGUAAAAACAUCGUGUGUAAGCUUCAUGUUAUUGUAAAUUCUUGUGGUAUAAGAUGUACUAUUAGUGAAAUAUUCAAAUAUUCUUUGGACGUGGAACUGUUCUUGUGAGUAUAUAUAUAUAUAUUUCCAGACACGUAAUUUUGAGCA